UUAGGCUGUUUCUAAAAAUUAAAUGAAAAAUAUAAAAUUUAUUGACGAGUGUGAACUAAGAGGAAUAAUUAUUUUGAAGUUCCUGGAUUUGAAUCAUCUAAAUACGUUUGUAUGGGAGUUUUCAACCUAAAAGUCAGUGCAAUUCAGAAAACAGUUGUUCCUCUGAAGGCUUAGAAAGAGCCUGAGAUGGUUAAAAAGCAGAAAAAAAAGAAAGGGAAGGGCAAGGGGACAAAGAAGAAAGUUAAGAAACCCUCUGAGAAAGAUAUAAUGAAAACAAAGAUUCAAGAGCUGGAGGAGGAGCUAGGUAUUCGAGAAACUGAGCUUCAGCACCAAACAGAAGAGCUGAAUCGGUGGCGAGCCCGUUGGGCUUCUGAAAUAGAAAGCAAGAUUGCCUGCGUUUCUCAUCUGAAGCGGGUCUUGGAGCGUGAAACAAAACAAUGUUCCAGCAUGCAGAAGAAACUCCAACUGCAAAAAGACCUGAGGAUGCUAAUAGAGCACCGCGCUCUUAGUCAAUUUGCCGAUGCCAAUAGGAAUCGAGAAAUGUUGAGGAGUGUUUUUCUGCAGCAGAAAUCGGAGCUGGAAGGGAAACUAUCUCGGAUGGAAGAGCUGAAGCUCAAGCGCAACAGCCAAAGAGCCAAACUUAAACACUUAGAAGAAGCUCUGGAAGAAAAUAAUGCAAAUUUUAAGGUCAGAAUGAAAGAAGACGAAUUAAAUAUUUUGAGCGAUUUCUUGAAUAAUAAAAGGACAUUCUUUUGCUUGUCAGAUUCUAUAAAAAAAUCUUGCGAUGAGAUCUUUGAGCUUCACCUCCCCGUCUAUGCCAAGAAUCAACUAAAAGAGAAUGUUCGGCUCCGAAGCCAGUGCGAACGGGCCUCGCUGGGAUUACUGAAAGCCCAGGAGCGUAGUCGAAACCUGAAGAACUUGAAAAAGACUUUGGAAUUUGAGCAUGAGACGCAAACCUUUUCCGAGACUAAGGCUAGGUCUCUGGGCUAUCUGUACGGCAGAAAGCUGCAAUCUCUCAAACGAGAAGCGGUGGAACUAGAAGAAGAGGAAGACAUCAAGUCUCCGAAUGAACAGAGAUCUGCCAUCAAGGACUCGGAAGCAGCUCUAUGGCAAGUAAGAGCGGAACUCCAAGAUGUGGAACAGAUUUUGUUUGAUCAAGGAAAUGAUCAUAAGGUUCUCCUUCAACGGAUUGAAGAGCAAAGGGAAAAGAAUGGGUUAUUAGUCUCCCUGAUCAUCAGGGCAGCUAACAUCUUCCACAGUAAAAUGAACCAAGUGAUUGCCACUGAUGAAUCAUGCAUGGACUACGAAGUUCUGCAUCAAAUGCGAAUGAUUCUCGAAAUCCCUUUAGGGGAAAAUGUGCUAGUCUCCGAAAAAGGUAAACUUUGGAAGUGAACCUAACUUCAUUAAAAACUUCAUUAAAAGGUGCUUUAUAAAUGAUUGAAAAUAAAACUAUUUUGUUGAAA